ACGCUCGUCACUUCUUUUGCAAUCGUUUAGCAGACGGGGCGCAGUCCUCACGUAGCUGACAUUGGACAUAUUCCGCCUCAUUCUCUCAAUUUUAUGUUGCCAUAGCGCUUGCGGUCCGGAGCUUUGGUUGCUUCCAUAUCACCAUCUAGAUUAGCUUGUCGCGAAAUAUACCGAAAGAUUCGGCAAAACAUCGUCAUCAUAGGACUUGUUACAGCAACACCUCAAUGCUCUCUUACGACCCUGCUCAACAUUAGCAUCGCAGCGUCCAGCUAUACCCGCAUUUUCUUUUGGACUCUUCCUACAUCACAUUACACAUUGCGCAGCGCGCAUGCAUAUUUCACCUUUGCAUACUUGGCCUUGAAGAGACCAGCACUAUCCGGUCCUCUUUGAAACUCUACCUCUUGAAUACGUCCUCGAUCAGCCACAAGUAGAGCCCAUGCAGCGCGCCGGUCGGAGCUGGUUCUAUGCCUUUUGCAUCGUCGCGAUUGUGUACAUACUCUUCACCCUAAUCGGCGUACAGAUCACCAAGAAUGCGCCAUCGUCGGAAUUGACGGAGAACCUACAAUGGAUCGCGACCGGGAAGUUCUGGGCGGAUCGGGAGAUGUGCCGGUGGUUUGGAGUCUGUGGCCUUUUCCACAUGGUGAACACUGCAGGCUGGACCUGGUCUCAUCACAAAGAUAGAGUGGCCCCGAUUGAUCGUGACUUCAGUCGAUAUUGGAAUUCGUCUGAAGAGGAUCCGGACUCAUGGUCGCGGGAAGAGAAGAAGCUGCGAGAGAUACCCCAAUAUGUCUUGGAUUAUGCGCCUUACGUUCAUCUCUUUUCGCGUGAGGAAUUUUGGCCAACAGAUCUGGCAGAGCACCUGGAGCAUACGACAGCCUCUGUCAAUUACACGCACAUUGCGAAUUUUGGACAACAACAAAAUCUCUCCAACCUACGAGAACUCAACGAUUAUAGAGGCGCGGAAUAUGGCCGAUACAUGUAUCUGAAAAGUAACGACAACGUAGAAGAGCGACCAGACUGGUUGGUCAGCGCACAUAACAUCCCAGACAUCGCCGAGAAGGACGGCGCUGCACCGUGGCCGGCGUCACCGGAAACAGAGGAUGAAGCCCGCACUCCCGAAGAUCACCGAGACUUAGACGCGCCAGAGGGGAAAGGCCACCAUAUUGCUGAGCGUGUCGCUAGUCAGGACGGGCGAUGCGGUGGUAAUAGUGGUUUCACAUGCACUGGCAGUCGCUUUGGUCCUUGCUGUUCGAUCUAUGGAUGGUGUGGCAAUAAUGAAGCAUACUGUGCAGACCCAUGUGAUCCGCUGGCCGGCACAUGCUACAGCCCUUAUGCGCCACCCCGAGGCCCAAAGCAGGAUUUGAGGAAGCGAUCGUCUACACGACGUGCCAAUCCUCAUAAUGGUGGCCACAGCUCUGCUCCAGCGUUUCUGGUUGUCGUGCCCAAGGAAGAUGGCAUCGUCGACGCGUUCUGGUUCUUUUUCUACUCCUUCAAUCUCGGCGAGAAGGUCUUCGACAUCCGUUUUGGUAAUCACCUCGGUGACUGGGAGCACACCGCCGUUCGUUUUCAAAACGGUCAACCUAUUCAGGUAUUCCUAAGCGAACAUGAUUUCGGCGAUGCCUAUACUUGGAAUGCCAUAGAGAAGUACAUUCCGGCAAUGGACGGAUCUGGCACCAUGAUCGGUACAUGGAGCAACAAAACCGCCAGCGCCAUUGCCAAACGCCCGGUGGUGUACAGCGCGAUCGGAUCGCACGCUAUGUAUGGCACGCCUGGUCUACAUCCAUACAUCCUUCCCUUCGGCCUGCUGCACGACGAGACAGACCGCGGGCCUCUCUGGGAUCCCACUCUCAAUUUGCAAUCGUACACCUAUGAUCCUGCAAACCAGACUCUACGCGCAAGUCUGCUGAAUCCGCGUUCGCCGACUGGAUGGUUUGACUUCACUGGUCAUUGGGGAGAAAAGUACUACAAACUUGGCGACCCGCGACAAUACCGUCUUGCAGGACAGUACCAUUACGUCAAUGGACCGCUGGGUCCCAAAUUCAAGAAUCUCGGUCGAACGACUGUAUGCCAGAAUGUGGGCAAGCCCUGCAAAGUCAAGACUUAUAUGACAGGCAAUUGGCGACCGCGACCGCUGCCUAAUGAUGACGAUGAAGGCGAGGAGGGAGGAUUGCCCGGUGGGAAUCACACUGAUGAGACGUUCGCUAAGGCAGACCUGAGGCGACGUGCUUCUGUUUGAUCCCUCCGAUAUGACUGCUCCAUGAAAACCUCGACUUCAACUUGAUGGGUGAAGUUUGACGACGAAUAUAUGCCGCUUGGUCUAGAUGACAGAUAGAUUCCAACUUGGAUAGAUUCCACACCCAGACAUCACCGUGACACGACGAUUGCGGAGCUUUGUUGGCCUAGAUGUGCGCUUUUCACUGCAGCUCAUCAUUUUGUUGGUGAUGCGUAAUGCCGUCGUGGAUAUCGCUGCAAUUCAUAUGACAUGGAUGUGUUCCUUAUGGCCUGCGCGCUUCGUCCUCCUGUCGUGGUAGGGUUAUACGUGGAUCAUGGUAGGGUUUGGGUAAGGCUUUCCAACCCACUACCCACAGCUUCAUCAUGUCCCGGUCACAAUGUAUUCAUUCCAAGGUUGGUUUCUUCACGGUGAGCAGCAUCAUAUGUUGGACUGGAUGAUCAUACAUGCC